CCUUGAUCACAACAAAUAUAUUUAUACAUUCUCUGAUCAACACCAACCUGAUCACUAUAAAAUCACAGUAUUUAGCUACUUUGCAUUUCAAAUCUUUUAAUGUCAGCCAUACGAACAGCUUCUUAAAGUACAGAAAAUAACAGAGUUGUAUUUAUGUAGGCAGUCGGCGGAGGGAUUAUGUUGACGGAAGUAUACGUGGAUUUGAUGAUGAGAUCAGAGGCAAACCUGCAAUGCAAACUGACAUAUCUGUACCGUUUGGACGUCAAAGCUGCUUACAUCAUGCCGAUUAUUUUCUAAUAAACAUGACUGAUCGUUAUUUGGGCGUGUUGCUCUAGAUUCUCUGUUAUUUAUCCGACCUUAUAGAAAUCUAGCUUUCAACACAAAACCAAAACACAGUGUUUAUAUACUGUAAACAGGUCGGUCGGUUUGAAAUGAAGCAAAUGUAAUUUAUACUCGCGAUUACCUUCAAUGAUAUCAAAGAAACUUGUUCAGUUUAUGACAGUUUCACUGUGGAAUAUAAAACAAAUAACUUAGUGAACGUUGGUGACAUGAAAUUGAAUGAAUUUCAUGCAUUGGCAGAUUGACAAAUAGUAUUUGUGUGUGUGUGUGUGUGUGUAUAUAUAUAUAUAUAUAUAUAUAUAUAUAGUGCAGUAGUUAUAUAGCUGCUGUAGAUCGAAUUAGAAUAUGGAGAAGAUGUCUCCUAUUCCUGUUCUUCCUCUUAUCAUCAGCUGUUGUAUGUCUGCACUGGGGUGCAUUGCAACAGUCAAGCUUAUUCCAGCUUUUAAGGAUCAUUUCAUAUCUGCACGACUCUAUGGCAUGGACCUCAAUAAAACAACAAAGAAAGAGGUGCCAGAGUCUCAAGGUGUAAUCAGUGGCACAGUCUUCCUCAUCAUCCUCUUCCUCUUCAUUCCAGUCCCUUUCCUCAGUUGCUUCAUGGGAGAGCAAUGUAAACGGUUCCCUCACAACGAGUUUGUGCAACUGAUUGGUGCAUUGUUGGCCAUCUGCUGCAUGAUUUUCCUGGGUUUUGCGGAUGACGUUCUGAACCUGCGAUGGAGACACAAGCUACUGCUGCCCACUAUGGCCUCCCUACCUCUCCUCAUGGUCUACUUCACUAACUUUGGCAACACCGUCAUUGUCGUGCCCAAACCUUUCCGUGCCCUGCUGGGGAUGCAUCUGGACUUGGGCAUUCUUUAUUAUGUGUACAUGGGAAUGUUGGCUGUGUUCUGCACGAAUGCCAUCAACAUCUUGGCUGGUAUAAAUGGCAUUGAGUCAGGGCAGGCUCUCUUCAUAUCUGGCUCCAUCAUCCUUUUUAAUUUACUGGAGCUCAAUGGAGAUUACAGGGAUGACCAUGUCUUCUCUUUGUACUUCAUGAUUCCCUUCUUCUUCACCACGUUAGCCCUUUUCUACCACAAUUGGUACCCAUCCUCAGUGUUCGUGGGAGACACUUUCUGUUACUUUGCUGGAAUGACGUUUGCAGUGGUUGGAAUUCUCGGCCAUUUCAGCAAGACCAUGCUGCUUUUCUUCAUCCCCCAAAUCAUCAACUUCAUUUACUCUCUGCCUCAACUUUUUCACAUCAUUCCCUGCCCCAGACAUCGCCUGCCAAGGUUACAGUCAGACACAGGAAAGCUUGGCAUGAGCUACUCCAAGUUCAAACAGAAGAACCUAGGCAAAGUAGGACAACUUAUUCUGAAGGUGGCAGAAAUGCUAUGGCUUCUGGAUGUACAUAGGGGCCAGGAGGGAGAUGAUGAGUUUAUUGAGUGCAACAACAUGACCCUUAUCAACCUGGUACUGAAAUUACUGGGACCUACACAUGAGAGAACAUUGACUGCAAUCAUGCUGUUGAUACAGGUCUUGGGGAGUGCCUUGGCAUUUGGAAUCCGGUAUCACCUUGUGCGUCUUUUCUAUGAUGUCUAGACCCAUCGAGCUCAUUGUGUAAAAUCCCAAGAGACUUCACGCUCUGUUGCUUCCAUUUGGAGACAACCAUAGUCGCCUGACUAAAAGAUUUUUAUAAUGAUCGCUAAACUACCUGUCCUCUAUAAACUGUUGGAUCUUAUAACAGUACUGUGUAUUUCAUCUACUCUGUCAAUACAUGUGCAUGCGGAGGGUCAGUCUACACAUAUGCCCAUAAUUCUCAAAUGGACAUGAAACUUCUGUAGAUUAUGGACAACAUGUAUUUGCCUUUCUGUAAGAAAUGACAGCAGUCUGGGCGGACCUAAAAAUAUAGGCCUCUAAUUUGGAAAGUGGUUAAAUGGUUCAAUUCAGGGAUAAUUUAGGCAGUUGGGGGAAUUUUUAAGAAAAUUACUGAAAGAUUACUUUAUAAAUGCAUUUAUAUAUUUUUCUGUCAGAUCUAAUAUUAUGCCUUUGACUCAUUUGAAUAAACCAAUGUGACAAUG